GCGCCAUUUCCAUCAGUGUUAAUUGACCAAUUAUGUAACAUGCUAAUUAAGGCCAUAGUCGUGGAAGAGUUUGGUAUUGCCCCGUAUUGGCUGUCGUCAAUGAUACUCAUAACUGCUGGUUUGACGUAGUCGUCCACAAUAAACCCUUCUGCGACCUUAGAAAUGCAUGGAGUAAGCGAGAUAGGUCUUAGGUCUUUUUCAGUUCCUUUACUGAUUUCUUUUUGGGCAGGGGUGUCACGUCAGCCAACUUCCACAUUUUUGGUAAAUGCUGCUCGGAGUAGGAGGCAUUAAGGAUUUCUGUCACUGGGAAAGCCACUGCAUCUGAAUAUUCCUUCAGUAGCCAAUUGGGAAUUCUAUCAGGCCCACACGCUUUCCCAGGGUUAAGGUGAGACAGAACCUUCUGAACACGUUGUUCACCCACGUGCAGGAUCUCUGGUGUUGUAUUCGCCUCCAUGGGGAGAAACUCUAGUGGAGUUGGCAGUCUGUACUCCUCCAGCGGUUCUAAAAACGCGGCAUUGAUGGUGUUGGCCUUUUCUAUUAAUGACAAUUCUGAAAAACCUUCCACGUCAAUCUGGCUCAGAAGGUCGCCAUUUUUCCUUUUUGAGCCGCUCAGACGCUUUACUUCGUCCCACCAUUUCUUUGGGGCUUCUUGUCUUAAAUUCUGAAUUCUCACUUCAUAAUAUUUAGCUCUGCAUGCCUUUCUUUCCCGGUUAACCAGAUUUCGGAAGAACUUGAAUUGGGCAGAGUCGCCGCCAUAUGAUUUGAACGCUUUUUGUCUUUUCAAAAUCAUUGACUUCAGCUUAUGGUCAAUCCAAGGAGCGUCCGCACUACAGGUGCGAAUUUCUUUCUCAGGCAUCAGAAUAUCAAGCCCUGUAUGUACAGCAGUGUGGAAAAUCUCCCACUUUUCCUGGCAACUAUCCGUAGGAGCGAACAAUAAAGGCCAAUCAAUAGAGGUUAGAUAUCUCCCCAAGGCAGCCUUGUUACUCUCACGUAAGUCACGCCUUUUAACAACGUGCUUUCUGUUUACAUCACGUUUACCAUCUUUUGGCGACACAACAACAGCGUUGUGAUCCGACAACCCGAAUGGAGGGUAGGCUUGUGGCGGAUUAUAGUAUUCUUGCAUGUUAGUGAGCACCAAGUCUAAUAUGGCAUCCUUCCGGGUCUGAACUUGAACUAUUUGCUGGAGACGAAAGUGAUUCAGCAAGCCCUUAAUAUCAAGCGGUUGAAAUCUCCUGUGACGACCAAUCCACAGUUGGGAUAUCGCGUCUCCGCUAGGACGAGGGACUGGAACAAAUGCUCCCGGAUAGAUGUCCCAUCGGCCUUGGGGGGGUGAUAGAUCACUGCCGCGAUUAUGCAGGAAAACCCCCGGGGGAGGCGGUUUGGUCUUAGACUAGCUUAUGACAAGGUUUACCUUAUUGAUCACUGUGAUUAUUUUUGUCUUGGUUUUUCGACACUUGUUUGAAAACUGCCCCUUAGUAACAAAAGCACCAAGUCCUUUGAGGCUUGUUUAGCUUCCUCGCGUGGAGAUUAAAACUUUUGUUAUUUAAUUAUAUACAUGCAUGUCUUUUGGUAGUGUUCUGGGCCCAGUUGUAUAAAGGUAAGAUAACGUUAUUCCACUGAUAAAUCGCUAUUCAGCGGAUAAGUGAUAGCAAAAAGAACUACCCUAUCCACCGGACAGAGAUUUAUCUAGCGGAUAGCGUUGUCCAACCUUCGAACAACCAGGGCCUGGUAAGUGUCACAGAUGCAUGUAUGUGUUGGUACGUUUGUGAAGCGAAAUUGUGGGCAACAGUAAAGUCACCACCUACCCAGAGUACAGUUGGAAAUCCAAAGUAAAUCCAAGGGUAAACUCAAACUUGUAUAGUGCAGGUACAGGUACGAAUUAGUUCAAAGAGGGUUUAAGGAUUGAAGCUUCAAAAGGUUAUGAGAAAUAGUCCUGGAAUUUCUUUACAUAUUUAUGCAGGUUGUGUUUGGUAUAUGAUUUUAUGCUAAAACUGAGAGGUGGGUUUUUUUUUGGUCUCGUCACGAGCUUGGGAAAAAGAAAAAAUUUUAAGUUCCCAUUAGGAAUCGAACCUCAGACCUUCGGAUUCCGGAAUUCUUUGUCCCACGCUCGUGACAAGAAAAAAAACAUCUUUCUCUACCUUUAUCUUAUAUAAAGGUGGGUGAGUCAAGUUGACAUAGGAAAUGCUUCUCCUACAAAAUGUAGAGAAGUUAUUAGCUGGUAUUGCUGAGUUACUAGUGAAUACAUGUUUGCUAUGAAAUUACCUGGAACCUGAUUGGCCCGAACCAGGCAUGGGAAGUACUGGUCCCUGGGUUCAACAUAUUUUCGAUGUGAUCACAGCUCUAAUAACAUAAAAAUAUUUUAUCUAUAAUGAAGACAUUUCGGAGAAAUAUAAAGGUUCUUCCAGAACUCUGUCAAAAUUUAAAAAUAAAAUUACAACUCUAAACUGCUUCGUAAACUGAAAUAGUUUAUUUUUAUCAGUUUUAGAGUUUUGGAUUUAUUUUUUUCUUCUUGAUUAAAUUUAGCAUCUGUACUUCCCCUAUGAUUUUUACUGUCUCCAAAGAGCUUGAGCAUAUUUAGAACGUAGAAAUGUAAAUUUCUCACGAUUUUUAACUCUCGUUCUUUACAGGUGGUUUCUGUGGGAAACCAUGUACUAAUGGAACAUCGUGUCGUAAGUUUGGAGACAAACACCUUUGUAUCUGUCCUCAGGAAAAAAAAGGAACAAACUGUCUGGAAAAAGGUUAGAACAACUUUUCAAUUUGUAGCAGAUAAAAAGCCACUCCCGUUGCAUUUGAUUCAUUUUGCCAUCUUCCCAGCCUUAAAUUAAAUGCUUGCACAUUUUAAAUAUACUCUUCUUUCACUAAAAUCUUCGUUUUACACGCGGUUGUGCACAUUUAUUUAUUGAUACCCCGCAUGAAGAUCAUUGUAUUAGAAACUUGAGUAUACCUGAUAUAUAUGCGACAUACAUAUAGGCAGAUAGACUGAUCAUUCAGACUUGAUGCUGAUCUCUAAUGAAUCCGCCGUUAACACUCCAAAGAAUAGACAUACAUUUAACGAAGCACAUACUUUGUAAAUUGAUGUUGGUCUCGAACGAAUCAGCCUUUAACCUUCCAAAGGACAGAACUACAUUCAGCCAUACACGUGUUCAUUCAGUAAAAUUUUGCAACAUUUUGCUAUUUUUGCGACUACACGCCCAGUGAAAACCAAACUACCUUUCUUCUUGCAUUUACCAUAGUGGCGGUACUUCGGUUAAGUGGAUAAGCAAAUGUUCGUUCAAUUUGCCUGCUGCGCAAAGCUUUGAGAUAAACUGAAGGUGUUCGAUGUUUUAUCCCUUUCUAACGAGUUAUUUUUUGUGCAAUGUAGGUUGUACAGUAAAGGUAAUUUCGCUUUUUGUAAUGUUCAUACUUCUCUUGCUCCUAACAGAGGAACUUAAGAAAAAAGUUGUUGUGGGACUUAAACUCAAGGGAGAGUUCAAACAAGUAUACGAGAACCUGGAAAAUUCAGAGACGAAAGCACUUGUCCGAGAUAUUAAAAAAAAUGUGAGUGCUUUGGUAAAAAUAAUUAUGAUUAACUUGAAGUUAGUAUUGUAAUGUUUUAAGGAAAGAAAUAAUUAUUUUGGAAUACAGCCCAUUGCAUAUCAUGAUUUAGAAUAAUUUAUGAAGGUGUAGGUAUGCACCAGGCUACUGCAAGGCCCUACCUGAUUUCUACACGGACACCUUCUUACUCCGAAUUAGGCGAAGUGUGGUGCUUUUCCUAUAGAAAUUAAUGUUUCUUUUACUGGGAUAAAAAUUUAUUUCGUACGAAAGGCUUCGCUCUUAGUGUCGUUUUAAAACAGCAGAUCGGGGCAUAAAUUUCUCCUGGUCAGUACAUAGAAAGUAGAGAACAUAGAAAUGGAAGUUUUUUUGUUUUGUUUUUUCCAGAUGAUGAAGGAAUUCAAUGGCACUGGUCUCAUUAGCGUUAAGGUGACCGAACUGAGGUAAUACGUUUUCAAACUUUGUGUACUUUAAAUCAGAAACUUUAUGGUUAAUUUUGUUUAUUGUGCAGUAUUAGCAGUUCCGAUGCAUAUGAAGCUCUGAGGUCACAAACCAAUCAUUAUUUUAAAGUCAAGAGAUUUUGACUUAGAGCUAGGAAGAACACAUAACUGCUUUACGAUUAAAAUGAAAUAUCGAAAUUUGGGUAUUGAAAGGGUGGGAGGCUAGAUUGGAAGGAGUAUAGCUAGAAAGUUUAUCGAGGAAGUCCAGGUUUAAAUUAAAUCCCCUAAAGCCCUUCGGCACAUCACUAUUUAUUUGUCUUUUCGUCUAAAAGCGUUUGAUUUCUUGCUUACUCUCAGGCAAGGAAGUAUCAUUGCUGACUUGGAACUAAACUUUACCAAUUCUGUCGGAGAAAGUAAUGUAAAUGCAUUGCUGACGCAGGCAGCGAAUAAGGGAAAAAUUGGCGAUAUGGAAGUUGAAGAGUUUAGCGUUGGAAAUAAUUUCCCAGGUUAGUUCUUUUGUCUUCGUCAAUUGUUGCUGUUUUGCAGAUCACAGCAUUUUGCUUAGUUAAUCUCCAUUAUCCGACAAGCCAGAUUUUGGGAGACACAGUUGAUGACUUUGUACUUUGAAAGCUAACUUUUUGAGGCGUUUUGAACUAAGUCAGAGUUUAACAUUUCCUAGCGCUGGCUUAACCGCAUUUGGAAUUACUAGGUCCGAGAUUUCUUUUCCCUUAGCACCCGUAAUGAUGAGUGAAAAUGUGCCUGGGUGGCUUAGAGUUUAAAACUGAAUGAAAUGAGGCUUUUUUUUUGUAUGUUUGUAUGUAUGUUUCAGGGCCAACUACAACUUCAGGGCCAACUGCAACUUCAGGGCCAACUGCAACUUCACAACCACCCGAGGACUGUAGAACCUUCUUUGAGGGAGAAGAUUGUAAAAAAGGUAGGGAUUAAUUUUUUUUUUCUAAAAUCAACCUGUUGUGUGAAAAUAUAACGUUAGUAAUAGUUUUUUGUAGAUGUUAGUGAAAGUGGAGAUGGCCAUGAACUUGGAGCGAAAUCACGAAAGACAAGAUUGGCAUGUAAAUUGUCAACCACUAUUUUAAUGAUAUAGCGUACUGAUUGACCAAUCAGAGGGCGCGUAUUUCAUUAAUCACGUUGGUGAUUUCACUCAAAAAGACAUUCUCACCGAUUGUAUAACAAGUUCAAAUGAUUGCAAGCUUACAACUUUUUCCAAACCUUUUUUCGUUUUCCAAAAUAGUACAUUUUUGGAUAAAUCAAUGAUUUUUCUCUGCAUGUUUUGCUAAUCUCUUAAAAAAUUAAUAGUCAAAUUUUGCAGACAAAAUUUAAAAUGAAUUCAAAAUUUAUGUUUCCCUCUGCAAGAUUUAACAUGUCCGAAAGAAAGUAUGUUUUAAUGGUCAACUAUGAAAAGAUGUAGAGGUAAUCUAUGUAAUCUGCAAACAGUCGGUCACUGGAUGUUGCAGAAAUUCUGCGUCCACUCAUACACUGGAUAUCGCAUAAACUCUGCAACCACUCAUACACUGGUGUAGUAGAAAUUCUGCAACCAUUGAGACACUGAAUGUCGCUGAAAUUCUUCAACCAUUCAUACACUGGGUGUUGCAGAAAUUCUGCAACCAUUCAUACACUGGAUGUUGCAGAAAUUCUCAACCACUCGUACACUGGGUGUCGCAGAAGUUCUGCGACACAAUUUCAGUCCAGUUCAGAACAAUUUUAAAAGAUUUUUAUAUGUCAUGAAUAGAGCACAAAAUAUAUCAUUUAAAUCUUGCAUGGACUUGGAAAAGAUCACAAGGGAAAUUAAUGCUCAACAAUCUAAUGAAAGCCUCAGACCCUUCACUAUCCAAGGGAAAAAUGCUAAAUUGACAGAAUCACAGAUUUUAAUUAAUAUCUCUACCAAUGUUUACGAGAGGGAAUUAUGUUACAUGUGUAUCACAGUUAAAAGGGCAAAAAUAAGCUUCUAGAAAAAGUAAUCCUCUUUCUCAGUUACCUGUAACUGUUUCCAAAAUAAGAAAAAUCAAACCGUGCAACGUUCCCUAAUAAGUCACAUAAUUAUGAAAGGGAAAAUAUGCAGUAGACCCACUCUACAAAGCCAUUUUGAGGGCGUCUUGUGGUUUUUGUCGGGUUCUUCACUGAAAACAACGACGAACUCUAAAAUCUGGUCAACUCUUGUCGCUGUUCUUCACCAUUUCUCGAAAAUAAUCGGUGUCGAAUCUUUGAAAGAUAUUCCUUUGCUGGACCCUUCGGAGUAUCACCUCCUGAGAGGAAACUUAAGGUAUGAACAAACUGUUUAUACAUGACUCGUGACUAAGACCAAAGUUAAAUAUCACGCGUGAAUUUUACUGAAAGGUUAACGUUAUUCGUGAAUUUAUGAAACUGUGUAAGGGGAGAUUUGAUAUCCUGAAGUAUACUUGAACCCUGAAAUUUUUGUUUUGUUGUUUUUUUUUUUUCCCAUCACGUGAAAACCUCAAGAUUUCAAUAAACCUUACACUCAAGAUGAGAAGUUAGAAAAUUUGCCUUUUCAUCCGUGACGCGUGAACUGAUUUUUCGAAAAUUCGCCUGCAAUACCUUACCGGUCCUCUUUCAGCUCAAAUUAUUUCCAACGAAUUCCAGGGGUGCGUUCCAAUUUGCUUCAGUAAACUCAUGGCAAAUGCUAUUUUGGAAAACACAAAAUAUUUUGGAAAGCGUUUAACAUGAUACACACUCUGGUUCCUGUACCUUGCGCUCACUGCGAUGACAUCGUGAUAAAAUUAGUGAUCAGGUACCCUGGAUGGUGUAGUGAUGAGAGAGCUUGCCUGUGGCCAGGGUUUGAUUCUCGGAAAGUCUUGGUAGUUCCCAUUCAACAAACGGGUUUUAUUGUGUUUUCUGUGUUCACAUUCAGCAUCGAGGUAUAUAAAAAGUGUAAUUCGAACAGCUACAAUUUCGGGAAAUUGAAGACAAUAGAACGGUAUUUUUAGCCAGUAGCCUCAUUAUUAAUCCAUAAGUUUUAAUUUUAAUCAAAGUUUCGAGCCCGUUUUGUUAACGCGACUAUCGAGAAACCGGAACCGAGUGUCAUUUUUUUGUUAAAAGUUUCGUUCUGGCGAGGAUACUUCUCCUCGUUCUCCUUCCUCCAAUCCCCACGUCAAACUCCAAUUUGACCUAGAAACAGGGAAUGGGAAGGGCUCCCAUGCUCAUAUCCGCUCGGAACGUAAUCGAAUUUGAUCAUCAAUUCAUCAAUUUUCUUGUAAGAUUUACUGGAGUUUAUUACGUCCAUUUUGAAAUCACUGGUGGUCCUGGCCGGCGCGAUUUAUUUACGCAUCGCACUAUUGUUUGCUCUAAAUCGCAUCUUUUCCUAGUCAAUGAGAAAGCUUUUCUAAAACGCAACAACCAAUCAGAUUUUAUGGUUUGUUUAAAGUAACCAAUCAAAUCGCAACAAAAUAAAAAAGGCAACAUUGAAUCAUUUACAAACCAGUCAUUUAAAGUAACCAAUCAAAUCGCAACAAAAUGAAAGGAAACAUUGAAUCAUUUUCAAACCAGCUCAGUACCGGAUUAGUAGAAUAUUGGUUACAUUUUGCGCUUCAUAAAGGGAUGUAAUAGAGCUGUAAUUGAACUCCGUGUUGCACCAUCUUACUUUUGAUUUCAAAUGACGGGUAUGAUUUCAGACCAAAUUGCACUCCAUUCAUUUAAAUUACAAUUAUAAACUGUGCUUGGCCAUAUAACUCCAUGCUAUUUAUUCGUGAUCUUUUCCAGCGAAGCCUGGUUUGAUUGUACUCUGCGUGAUUGGAGGUGUGGCAGUUUUGGCAAUCAUCGUAGCAAUAAUAGCUUACGGUUUGCACAAGAAAAAAUCAAACGUUGCAUCCUUUUCAAAUGGUAAGCCUAUCAGAAUUCUUUUUUUUUUUUUUCUAACGGUGAUUUUUUUAUUUAUUUACUUUUUAUUUUUAUUAUCAUUUCCUUUUAGUUCUUGGGGGGGGGGUAGAGGAAAAGUUAUACUUUUUUAUUCCCUGGAGAAAUAAUUCGGUACCGGCAAUCUGUUUGAGAUUUGGAACAAAAUGCCAGAAAUCGGACAAACGUGAGUGUUCUAAUAAUCUAACUGGGAUAGAAACAGCUGGUAAAAAUGGGUAACAAAUUGUUUUCUUUUCUGAUUCGUUUGGGUUGUUCCACGAUGCCGAAACUGUAAUAAUGGAUGCCACAGAAUUUUGAAAAAUAAUAAUUUUAAAAAAAGAUGAGGGGAGAAAAAAAAAGAAACAGAUCAAUUCUGUUCUGGAAGUAGAAAUGACCGUUUUUGUUUUUGACUCGUAGGUAACUAUGCACCAAGGGCCGAUCCAGACGGGUGAGACAUUUGUUUUGGAAAAUGAUUUAUAAUGUAUAGUUGCCGCAAUGUUUGUUAAAUACGCAGUAAUGGUAAAAACUGAAAUCGUCGUGCUCUUUUGUUAUGUAAGCCUGCUAAAGCAAAGCAAGCGCUCUUUUAGGCCGUUAGCAAGAUCACAGGCUGCGAUAUAUUUUAGGAGGCGUUUGAUCAAAGGUUCCUCUUCAUAUACGUACAUACAAACAAACAAGUCAACACCCCCCUUCCCCUCAAAAAAAAAAAGAAAAGAAAAAAGAAGAUUGAGCGACGAGUUUAACGUAAUAAUCGUUUUAACGUGAGAUUGAAGACCACCUUGGGUUAAUUAUCUCUAUUUUUGGUCUUGUUUUUCUACCAACUUUCCCGUUCUUGACAUUUUGGAUUGAACUAAAAUGUUAGGGAAUUAGGGACUUUAUUGUUGUGAGAAAGGAAUGCUACAAUUAAAAGAACAACGUAAACUUACAGGUACAUGGCAACUUGUGAUAGGGACAACAUUCUCCUUCGAUAUGGCUCCGGCCUUGGCUUUCUGUGAGAUUCUUUGUCUAUUUCGUAGCUUUUCUUGAUAUGAAUUGUGAAAGUCAAAUACAAAUGAAUCUUCUAUAUAGUCAAUUUCCAUAAAUCUUCUAUCCUAAGUCAGUAACAUACGUGGACUUUUGACGACGACAAAUUAAUUUCACUAGUUUAUAUAUAUAUAUAUAUAUAUAUAUAUAUAUAUAUAUAUAUCAACUUGCCUCUUUUUGGUAUGAUAGGGAUAACAUUCUCCUUCGAUAUGGCUCCGGCCUUGGCUUUCUGUGAGAUUCUUUGUCUAUUUCGUAGCUUUUCUUGAUAUGAAGUGUGAAAGUCAAAUACAAAUGAAUCUUCUAUAUAGUCAAUUUCCAUAAAUCUUCUAUCCUAAGUCAGUAACAUACGUGGACUUUUGACGAAGACAAAUUAAUUUCACUAGUUUUUAUUUAUAUAUAUAUAUAUAUAUAUAUCAACUUGCCUCUUUUUGGUAUGAUAGCACUGCUGGUUCAGCAGAGAGGACUCUUCAAGGGAACAAUUAUGGAAAUGUGAAUUCAGGAUACGAGUAUGACAAAACGAAUGGCCAGGACCACUCCACUGAAAUGGUAACAUUCAAGGGGACAAAUCCAGCGCAGACUCCUGGGAUUGCAAUCAACGACUCCAGUAUGACAAAGGUAAGGCAAGCUCAAAGUCAUGUAGGUUCUACUUUUGUUGCCAUAUGUACAGCACUAGUUACUUCAAUCUCAUAUUCGUGAAAAAGUUAAUCAUAGUGGAUCCUUUUUCGGUUUAUUUUAGUUUUUUUGUGUGACUGUGUGUGUUCUCCCACCUUGAACAACAAUUAUUUUAAGACUCCUAUUUAAAAUGCCGUAACUUUGCGGUGACCUACUUAUGCCCACGUCUGGUACACCACUCAGGGAUGUCAUAAAGCCUCUACUGCACGCUUUUCACUCCGAAACUCGUGUUUCAUUCGUAUUCAACUAAAAUCUUAAUUUGCAGUUCAUUUUGCAACAAACGCAUAAAUUGAGCCAUGAAAUGAUAACGCAUUAACUUACAUCUAGCGCUAGUCUAGUGUCAAAACAAGCCUGGAAAAGUUGUCGUGUCCGGAAAAUUUAAGCAAUCAGUAAUCAAUGAAUGAAUCAACGUUGUGCAACCGCAUAUUACAAUCCUCGUGAAUGCCUUUUAAUGUUAACUAAACUUCACGCUGACUUUGAAAACUUAAAAUGGCUACUGAUAGUAGCCAUCUUUAGAUAAUAAGAUAUGCCCAAGACUAACGCUUCUGUGGUCAGGAUCGCCUAUUCCCAAUCAAGUAAGAAACUUUUUACUGAAUUGAACCCAGUCUUCGCAUCCAAGCAAUAAUCAGCUGGAUACCAAGGCACAAUAAUGGCUUAUUGGAAUUAAGAGGAUGACAAUCACCGAAGCAGUCCAAAAUGUGUGACUCAAAGCCCCUAAGCACACAUUUCUGAAGAUAAAAUGCCAGAUUGGAGCUCAGUUCUUUCUAUUCCAAAAGCUGGAGGACCUGUUCUUUUCGUAAUGCACAACACAGAAAGAAGACGAGAUUCAGAGCCAGCACAUAGGGAGCAAUUCAUCUUGUGUUCACCAUGCCACUCGACAUGAUUCAAGAUUUGUUAUCCACUCAUGAUAUAACUUCCGUCACUACUUAAAGAAAAUUGUUGAACAAGAAUGAAGAUAACAUGUAACAGCUCUAACUUAAGUUUUGAACUAUUAGAUGAGCAAUAGUUUUUAAAAAUUCGAUUAAAGUUAUGAAAAUAAAUUUUUUUAGUACUAAAGGUCAAAAAUCUAAAUUCAGAAAAGUGCACUGCCUAUUUACUAAAAAAUGCUGAAUAUUACAUUUUAAGUACUAUUGUCGGAUUCAGAUUUUAUUCAGGGCCUACGUGAAAUAAACUGUUGUUUCUUUCAGUUUGCUGCCUCAAUAUAUUGAUAAAUACUAAUUGCAGUCGAGAGUCAUCAGCUAAUUGUGAAGUCUUGAAGUGCAACAUAACUAUCCGCCAAAGAAUCUAAUAAAACCAUGCGUUUUCAUACAUUGUUCAUUUUCAUUUGUGUUCUUACUUGAUUUCCGUCAAAAACAUAUUACAUUUACUGGUGACCUUUUGAGUUUUUAGGUUGGUGUCGUAGGAUCGAAAUGAAGAGCAUUAAAGUUAAAGCCCGCUUGCUUUUGGCGUUUUGGGGUUAUUUCAGAGCAGGUUGAUCACAAUUUUGGAUUGGCACUCAAUUAUAUCAAAGGAUCACUCAUUGCCAAAGGCUCUGUUUAUUUUUACCCUUCCAAAUUCUACAGGGAAGUGAGAAUUGUCGUUAAAUAGUGCAAGUGGUCACAGUUUAUAAUUAGGAAAGGAGUAGACUACAGAAAAGUUGGAAGAUGAAGAAGGAAGAUAUAUUCAUGUAGCUCGAGUUCAAGAUAGAGAAGAAUCGCACCCUUGACCCUUUUUUUGGUUACUCCUCUAUUUAGUCCCAGGGUAAGAGGAAGACCUACUAGACCCAGAAAACUUUAGAAUCACUGAUCGCUAUAGCUGGACCUCGCAUGUUGCGAAAACCUUUUAGCCAAAGAUGGCCGUCAGGGGUCAUAUUAGUCCAACUCUGUUUUAUCUACAGAAAGCGCAACCUGGUGAAGGGAUGUACGCUGAUCUUGGGGAAUUUUAUCAGAAGGCACCCGCCCCUCCAACCACACCGGUUAAAAUGCCUCCUGAAUACGAGAAAACAGAAUAUGCAGAAAUAAGUCAAUUCCUUCGCGGACCAGUCAAGACAGAUGAAGAGAAGGAAGACGAAUCAAAUAAUGACGGAAACUCGUCCCCCGACAAAGAUUCAUCCCCUGACAAAGGCGAAGAUCCAUCACCUGAUAUGGGCGAUGCUGGUGACAGAAACAGUAGCGGACCGGUAGAAUUUCUCGUGGACAUUUAAUGGAAGAUGACAGUGGUAAGAUGUUGGAAUUUACUUCUCUCUCAAGUAUUUCAGAGCUCAGUAUCGACGUAACCGUUCUCCUGAGGGAUGUGUUAGCUAUUCCAACAUGAAGAGCACUUGUGCAUCUGCCAUAAUAAACCAUAGUUAAACUGUCGGCGCUGCUGUCGUAGUGCCUGCAAAAAUCGCAAACCUUGUCGAAUUUCUGUCAUUUUUUUGCUUUUCAGCCGCUUGCCUUCCUCAAUGGGCUCGAAUUUAGCAGCGUAAGCAAAUGACGAAAGCAGAAUGUCUUCAUAGCUCAAAUUAUGACUUUACCUUUAGUUGCCUUUUGUAUCUCGUUUCAAAUUCAUCACCUUAGUUAAGACAAAGAGUAAUUGAAAUUCUGACUUAGUUCAUUUUGAAUUACAACACACCUAACGUUUCGUACAUUUGUUUAUUCAUGUGUGAUUGUUUGUUUACUUUUGAGCCGGCGUUUGUCGGUCAUACUGAUGAAUUGUCAUUAUUUACUUGAGGUUGUGGCUGAAUUUAAACCCUUACUGGUACAACAAGCCACUUUAUUCGAUAAUUAACUUGUGCUAUUUUUUGCUUUGUUGUGUUUUUUGUUUGCUUGUUUGUUUGUGUGUUGUUGUUGUUGUUUUUUUUUUUGGCAUUAAUUACUAAGUCGCAAGAGUGUUGUGAAUCAGAUAAUUAACGUACUGUAGUCCUGAUGUACCUUAGCUAUGAUGACCAAUUCGCUCAGCGUUCUUCUUAAAAGAACAGACAACACUUGGCAAUCGAGAGCAGCAGUAACUCAGGGUGGCCUUGUUUGUUCUAUUUUGUUCUACCAUGUUGCAAUGGGAAACAGAUUACAUAACAAUGAGGAGUAAACCACGAACAAUUGUCAAAUAGUCUUUAUUCUUUAGAGUGCAGUUAUUGUAAUUCUUGUCUUUUAUGAGGUUUUGAGUGGCUCAUCUUUUCAAAAUUGAAGAAAUAUUUUUUCUUUCAUAAGCAACUGUUGUUGGGCGUUGUUAUUUCUUCUUACACAUUGUAUUUUCCUUGCAGUGAGCAAGAAAGACGAAGCCAGUUCUGGCUUGACGGAUAAGCAGUUAACUCUUAAUAAACCGAUCUUUAGAGUAAUAUUCGUACACCUUAGAAACAAUUUUUAGAAUUUAAAAAUGUUCUUAAGUGGUUUAGCACGUUUGCAUAAUUUUUACUUUUUGCAGAAAUGAAAUGCAUUUUGUAACUUAAGUUAAGUCAUCAGUAACGUUAUUUCGAAGCAAUAAUAUAGAUAAAUGUUGGAUAAGAAGGCACAUUGUUUGUUAAAAGUGAGAAGUACUUGCCUUGAGUAUGAAUAACUUAAAACUAAUGAUUAGAAAUAAAAGGAAAAGAAAAAAAAAGGACGUGUUUCUCGAAGUAGCGAGAUAGAGUCGGGUCCUAGAUGGACAAACUGAACAAUUUGACUAUAAACCGCAACUAAAUCUACCGAGGUAGUGUCCAUAUACGAGGCAUCGUCUGAGAAACCUUUCUUGAGCAUACUGAGAUAUUUUCGUAGCCUGUGAGUAAGUAUUUUUCUAGGUUUAAAAUUUAAGGGCUUCUGUCGUAGUUUCGUUUCGCUCCUUGUGUUCUUUUUUUCCAAGUAAACAUCAAAUUACAUCUUUUUGCCAAAUUUUAGCACACGAAAAUAAUUCAAGAUUAGUGUUUGUAGAGUAACCACUAAACUGUGCGGUGUGUGGUGAAGUUUGGGUUUUAUUGAGCAAGCUACUGUAUGUUGCAUUCCACUUCAUUCAUAACUUUAGUUCUUGCAAAUCAUUGUCUUUUUCAUGUCUUAAACUCGAUGUUUUAUCUAGCGAUAUAAGUGUUUUAAAUCUUGUGGGUCGAUUAAAAUCUUACAUGGUUAAUUUUCUUUGGCAGUCCAGGCCACUAAAAUUGUGGUCGUAAAAAUUUUGAGAUAAAAGUAGCUUGAGCUGAUGGUAUAAUGUUAAAGGAAUAAUGCCACAACAAGAUAAGGUCUAGUUUUAACGAUAGCAAUACAGAAAUAGCUUAUUGCAUUUUAAUAGGAUAUUUAUAGCAUUCAUUUAAUGAGUGUCCUAGGUAUUAUUUAUUCAACUAGUCGCUAGGUAGUAAUCAUAAUUUAGAAGGGAACACGACAUAAUUUUUUUUCAUGUACGUAACAGUUAGAUUAUGAAAGCUCUCCAUUUCUAAAGCGUGAUAGUUGAUGAAGGAGAGGUCCAAAUCCAUUAUCGUGCAUAGUAAACGAUAUUGUUUUGGUAUCAAUGUAUUAAUGGUUCAAGCCUUGAGAACAAGUCAAGCUUAUGUUUUCAUUGUAAUUUGUUUGCAUUCGCGCACCAAAAGGCUUCGAACUGUACUCACUAUCUGUAUAUCAUUGAACAUAUAGCGAGUAUUGUAACCGAUCAGAUUGCAACAUUUGCGAUGAAACAGCAAUAGCUUUAUACUAAAAUGUUCAAAGUCGUAACCCUUUUUUAGCUGUAUAGUAUUUGUGCAUCGGCACGAUAACAUUUGUGGUAGUUAAAACAUAAUCAUAAUCAUGAUCAUAUAAUU